AUGGAGGCCUCGCUGCAGCGCAAGAUAGAGCUCCAGACGCCCGAGGACCUGGCCUACCUGCUGGCCAACGUGCGACGCGCCGCGGCCGCGCGCAUCGACGAGGCCUUCCCGCCGAUGGUCGACGGCGCGCACGGCGAGGACGAGCUGCGGACGCGGAUCGAGGAGCUGGUGAACGAGUACAUAGCCAAGACCUUCACCCUAGCAGCCCCCAACCUCUCCAUCAACGGCCUCGACGUCGACACCGCGCGCGUCCUCUCUUCUUCCUCUUCCUCCUCCACCACUAACCCGUCCGAGCCCGAGGUCGUCUACGAGCCCUUCGACGCCCGCAAGCGCGCCCGCGUCGAGGACCUCACGGCGCAAGAAGAAAAACUACUCGGCGAGAUCGCCAAGCUGAAACGGAGCGCCCCGGGCGCCGCGGCCGGCGCCUGGGCCGAAACUACAAAACGCGGCGUGCGCGAGGACGAGGAGGCGCUGGCGGCUGUGAAUGCGGCUACUAUCACUUCUUCUGCGACGGCAGCUACGAAUGGCGACGGUGUAUGUAGCGGUAGUGGUAGCAGCGGUGGUGGUGGUAGUGGUGCUGGUGGUGCCAGUACUGGUCUGGACAUCAAGAGCCUCGACCGACAAGCCGACGUGGAGAAGACCUACGCGGGCGCGGUCGGCGGCCUGGGCAGGCUGAAGAGGGAGAUGCCGGCCGUGGUGGCGCGCAUGGAGAGGGCGAGGGGCGCGGGCGAGUAUGUGGUUACCCAACGUUGA